CAAAGCGCGUAAGACCUACACAUAAAACAACCCCACCACCACGACCACAAAUCCCAACCUCGCAAUACGACACCAAGUCCUCACGAUGGCAUCUCUUUUGCAAGCCAUUAUUAGCUGCAUCACCGGAGCCGAGCCGACCAUCGAAGCCUAUCCCGACGAAAAGCAGGCGAUACUCUGCGCCCACGAGCCGCGCACGGCGGAAGCAAUCGCGGACGAGGUUCUCCAGGCCAUCCAGAGCGCAGAGAAGUGCGGCAGACAGCUGCAGGCCAAACUCAAUGAAAUUGUCGGCGAAUACGGCUGGACGGAGCGUGUCGCGGAAUGGCUUCUCGUGAAGCUAGAGCAGGUGCUGAAGGCAGCCGACAAAGUCGGCCCUGCGCUCAAAGACGCCUACGACCGAGCCUGUGAAGCUGCGAUGCAGAUCGAGGGCUUUGUGAAGGAGCAUCCAGUCUUCUGCACCGUCAUCGCUCUCGGCGUGUUGGUAACGAUCGCGCCGUGGGCCAUUGAGGCGCUGGGCUUCGGCGAGCUCGGUCCCAUCGAAGGUACUUUCGCCGCGGCGUGGCAGUCGAGAUACGCUGGAUACGUGCCCAAGGGGUCUCUGUUCUCCUUCUUCCAGCGCUUGGGCAUGACGUGGCACUAACUAGGAGAUGUCCUUUCCCUUCCCCUGACGGCGGCGCAUGGAAAGGGGAAUCGAUUCCUGGCUUGUGGCUUUUCCUUCUUCAUGGGGCAGUUAGAUAUUCAAUAAUUGCACUGCCAACAACGUUCAGGGUCUAAACUCUCCCCUGGCUGUCAAUGCUCCGAUGAUGUCAUCCCGUAAUGCGAAUGUGGACGGGGAUGCCUUGUAAUGGCAUCGGCGUAAGGCCGGGAAAGUAGUGCUGCAGCAUUUCGGGCAAAUUUUCAAUGCACAAAUACUCUGAUGG